GCUCGCUGCUGCGCUCUGGGGAUCGGCUCGCCGGUUUCAGUAGGCAGGCAGGGAAGAGACGCCGGCAACCGGCGGAGCUGCGGCUCCCCCGCAACCCUUGGCGGUCGCUUCUCCCCCUCCUCGGCGGGCGGGCAGGAUGGUGCCCUCGGCUCCUAGCGAGUCCCCGCACCAGCUGUUGGGCCGGCUGCGCUUCCUGAGCGAGGCGAUCGGGUGCCUGAGCCGGGCAGAGCCGCUGCCCGCCGCCUUGUGCUACGUGCCCUGCGAGGUGCAGUACAAGAUCUGCAAGGACCCCAGCGGGCCCGCCUCCGCCUCCGGCCGGAGCCUGCUGUCGGUGUGGGAGAGCCCGAACAAGGUCGGCGGCAGCGGUGGUUCUGGUUCCGGCGGCAGGAAGGGCCCGGGCAGGGGCACCAUCGAGCUGCGCAAGGGAUCGUGCAUCCGAGCCAGCGGCGAGGAGUAUUGCAACGGGCACGGGCUCUGGGUGAAGCUCACCAGGGAGCAGCUUGAGGAAUACAAGACUGGCUGUGACCUAGAGGAAGGCUGGGUACUCAUGUGUAAGCAUGCCGACGGUGGGGACAGGCUGGUGCCAGUGGAAUCUGUGGAGAGAAUCCAGAGGCAGCAGCAACUCUUCGGCAUGGACUACAAGCCUGUGAUUAGAUGGGAACAAGUGGUGGAUUUAACAUAUUCCCUGUGUCUUGGGGCAAAGCCAAAAAUCAUGGAGCCAGAUGUAGCUGCAGUAGAGAGUCUCCGGUUUGUACCCCCCACAUGGAACUAUGAAUGUGAUGAAGAUUUGGUGCAUUUCCUUUAUGACCACAUCGGCAAGGAGGAUGAGAAUCUGGGCAGCAUCAAGCAAUAUGUGGACAGCAUCGAUGUCUCCUCCUACACGGAAGAAUUCAACGUUUCAUGCCUGACUGAUAACCAUGCCGACACCUACUGGGAGAGUGAUGGGUCGCAGGGCCAGCACUGGGUCCGUCUCAACAUGAAGAAAGGAACCAUUAUCAAGAAACUGUUCCUGACUGUGGACACAACAGAUGAGAAUUUCAUGCCCAAGAGGGUGGCCGUGUAUGGUGGCGAGGGAGAUAACCUGAAGAAGCUGAGCGACGUGGGCAUUGAUGAGAGCUUCAUCGGGGAUGUGUGCGUGCUGGAAGACAUGACUGCUCACUUGCCUGUAAUUGAAAUCCGCAUUGUGGAAUGCAGAGAUGACGGGAUUGAUGUCCGCCUCCGGGGCAUAAAGAUCAAAUCUUCUCGGCAACGGGAACUGGGGCUCAAUGCAGACAUGUUUCAGCCAUCCAACCUUGUGAGGUACCCUCGCCUGGAGGGGAGAGACCCUGACGUGCUCUACCGGCGGGCUGUGAUCAUCCAGAGGUUCAUCAAGAUCUUGGACAGUGUUCUUCAUCACCUUGUUCCAGCCUGGGAUUACACACUUGGCACCUUCAGUGAGCUCAAGCACAUCAAGCAGUUCCUGUUGCUGUCCAAGCGACGCCUGGUGCUGAUCACCCAGUGCCUCAAGGACUCUGAGACUAGCAAGCCCAACUUCAUGCCACGGCUCUACAUCAACCGGCGUCUGGCCAUGGAACACCGUGACAAUCCAACACUUGACCCUGGCUGCAAAAACACUGUCUUCACCCAGGUGUAUGAGGGCCUGAAACCUUCUGACAAGUAUGAGAAGGCACUGGAUUAUAGGUGGCCAUUGCGUUAUGACCAAUGGUGGGAGUGUAAAUUCAUUGCUGAGGGCAUCAUUGAUCAGGGUGGUGGUUUCCGAGAUAGCAUCGCUGAUAUGUCUGAGGAGUUGUGUCCUAGUUCAGCCGAGACCCCUGUGCCGCUGCCUUUUUUUGUCCGCACAUCCAACCAGGGCAGUGGUACUGGAGAGGCCCGAGACAUGUAUGUCCCCAACCCCUCCUGCAAGGAGUUUACCAAAUAUGAGUGGAUUGGACAAAUCAUGGGUGCAGCCCUACGUGGCAAGGAGUUCCUGGUCCUGGCCCUGCCUGGCUUUGUCUGGAAGCAACUGACUGGAGAAAACGUGAGCUGGAGUAAGGACUUCCCUGCUGUCGACUCUGUGCUGGUAAAGCUUCUGGAGAUGAUGGAAGGAAUGGAUAAAGAGACAUUUGAGUUCAAGUUUGGGAAUGAGCUGACCUACACCACAGUGUUGAGUGACCAGUGCAUGGUGGAGCUUAUUCCUGGUGGUACUCGCACUGUGGUGCGCCAUGAAGACCGUCUGGAUUUCAUCCGCCUGGUACAGAAGGCACGGCUAAAUGAGAGCAAGGAGCAGAUUGCAGCCAUGCAAGCUGGACUUCUCAAGGUAGUGCCUCAGGCUGUAUUAGACCUACUCACUUGGCAGGAGCUGGAAAAGAAGGUUUGUGGUGACCCUGAAGUGACAGUGGAAGCCCUGAAGAAGCUCACUCGUUUUGAAGAUUUUGAACCAUCAGACACCAGAAUUCAGUAUUUCUGGGAGGCCUUGAACAACUUUACUAAUGAGGAUCGCAGUCGCUUCUUGAGGUUUGUUACUGGAAGAAGCCGACUUCCUGCUCGAAUUUAUAUCUAUCCUGACAAAUUAGGCUCUGAGACCACUGAUGCACUUCCUGAAUCAUCCACCUGCUCCAGCACACUCUUUUUGCCCAACUACGCCUCCGCCAAGGUCUGUGAAGAAAAGUUGCGUUACGCAGCUUAUAACUGCGUGGCCAUUGACACAGAUAUGAGCCCAUGGGAGGAAUGACACGACGCUGGGGUGUUGCCAACCAGUUCUUCUGCAUUUUGUAGAUGCUACAUGGAAGAAUGAGCCUAAUAUGCCACAGGCUCCAGAAAGCAUGUGUGUUUGUGUGUGUGUACAUAUAUAUAUAAAUAUAUAUAUGGUAAAUUAUCAAA